GCCAACUUCACUGCGUAGUUUUUUGUGAAGAAAAAUCGGACGUGGCGUUGCAAACAUGGAAAAUAUUGAGAAAAAAAGUAGUGAAAGUGCUCCAAAUCCCGAUUCAGGUGUUCCUGAAGCCCCGAAGACUUUCUCCUUGGAAGUCCUGCGGAUGAUUAAGGAUGCCCAGCAACAGCAUGGGCUUCGCCAUGGGGAUUAUCAGCGCUAUCGUGGCUACUGCACUCGCCGUGUGCGGAGAUUGCGGAAGGUUCUGAAACUGCCGCAGUAUGAUAAGAGACACUACAAGAAGAAGGAUGUCUCAGUGGGUCAUCUCCAAGGGAGCCGGUCGGAUGUGAGAUACUUGCACAUUCCCCUAAUGAUGGCUGAGCGUGCCUGGGCCUAUGGGAUGCAGCUGCGUCAGGAGGCCAACACAGAGCCACGGAAGAAGUUCCAUCUGGUUGGAAAGCUCCGGAAAGCCUGUCUGUAUGCCCUGCAGCUUCAGGAGCUCUCGGCUUCUGACUGCUGUGACGCCCGGACAAGGUGGGAGAUUGAGGCCUACAAUGCCUGGAUGCACGGUACUCUGCACUUUGAGCUUUCGCUCUGGAAAAGUGCAAUUGAGAACUUGAAAAGGGCUCAACUGGUGUACCAGAACCUGGGAGAUGCUCUCCCGGAAGAGGAGCAAUCCCUUUACCGAGCGAAAGUCGACGAAUUGACACCAAGUAUUAGGUACUGUGCCUACAACAUUGGGGAGGGAGCUUCAAUGGAUGAUCUCCUGGAGCUGAGGGCUCAGGGAUUGCUGGAGAAUCUUGAAUCUCUGGCCACUCAGGUCAAAUCCCAGAGCACUGAGGCUCUGCAGACGACCGAAUGGCGUGGCCGGAAGAUGGGAGUGCGUCCGGAGAAGGCUAGGCUCUUCCUGAUGAGUAUUCAGGAUUUGGAUAAGAGUAUUGAGAAGGCUAAGAGUAUCCAGGCGAAAAUUGAGAUUCUGGAGACAGUUAUUAUGGACUGCAAGGAUGCGAUAACGGCCAUUAAGGAGGAGAUUAAGCAAGAUCCGAAGCUCAGGGCUACUUCCCAGGGUGGACAGAUUGUCGGAAUCCACUUCCUUCUGUCCUAUUUGACGUACAUUCGCCUGAUGAGGACUCUGGAGAGGAAUAUGCUCCUGGUGAAGCAGGCCAAGGCAAGCCUGGAGGAUGCUUCGGAGGGAGGCGGGAAGAAGGUCAGACCGCAGGAUAUGACCAGGCUGUACGAGAUUAUCUUGCAGAAUGUGACAGAAUUGCAGCAAGUUCCGGGUCUGGAGGAGGAUGAAAAGUAUCAGGAAGAGAUUCUGAGCCUCAGUACGACGUUCCGGGCUUUCCGCUGCUACUACAUUGCCCUGACUCUCGUGGCCAUGAAGCGAUGGAAGGAAGCUGUGGCUCUGUACGAGAGAUCAAUGAACUACGCCAAGGAAGCUCUCACUAGUAGCCCUAAGGCCUACAAUCUGGCUGAAGAACUGAAGCAUCUCAUCAGCACGAUCGAGGGAUGCAAGUUCUCAGCUCAUGCCUACAGUGUCCUCGAGGACGAUGCUUCAGAUGAGGCAGGAGCUGUUUUUGGACGUACCCAGAAAUCUUCGAAGCCUCUCUACGAGCGUCUCUCGGAAUACAAAGAAGAUGCCACGUUGCACUCCAAGAAUCCGAAUGUCUUCAAAAUAACUCCCGACAUGGAGCCAAUUCCAUGCAAACCGCUCUUCUUCGACCUCGCCCUCAAUUUCAUCGAAUUCCCAUCGCUAGAGGACAAAGUGGAGUCUCCAGGAGGGAAGAAACAGCCAGCAGGGAUUUCAGGAUUUGUCAAGGGAUUCCUCGGAUGGGGUGGAGCUAGCAAGUAAGAGAGAGACAGAAAAAUUAAAUGAUCACAGGUUGAUAUUUUUUGUGCAGAUUGUUGAUGAUACAACAUAAAAAUAAUAUUAAGCCCAAGAUAAGCUCAAAAUGA